CUUUUUCUUCUCUUCCUUUCUACGUCAAUUUUCGAGGCAAUUUAGAGCUACUAUGUUUCCCCAGACAGCUGCUCUCGCCUGCCAUCGACAAUUCGAAUCCAAAAUGAUGUUCAAAAUCCGUUCGAAAUUACUUGUUACUGCAUCCGAUCGAGGCGUUCUUUUAUGCUCCCUGGGAUGUCACCCUGAUCAGAUUCUGAAUUCUUAUAAAAAGGCGCGUCCGACUGCUUCUCACCAUCCCUCCCUCUUGCUUUCUUUCUUCCAUCUUCUCUCUUUUACUUCCCGUGCUCGCCAUGCCUCCUCGUGCUGCACCAUCCAGUGGUCGUGGUGGCGCUGCUAUCCGUGGUCCAAGAGGUGCUGCUCCUCGUGGCCGUGUUGGCACUCCUGGCGGUAUCUCGGUCGGUCUUCCGUCCUCUGGUGAACAUAUCUCCACCAUCGGCGUGAAGCGUCGUGGAUUUGGUGCCAGUGGGCGCCCCGUGAAGAUCUUCGUCAACUCCUUUGAGUGCACCAUCCCCAAAAGCAUCAUCCACCACUACGAUGUCAUCUUGCCUUCCGAGAAAACAUUGCCCGCGCGUUUGAACAUGGAAUUGAUCAAGGAACUUCAAACUGUCACCGCGCCAGCCAUUUUUACUCCUCGCGCUGUAUAUGAUGGACGUAAAAAUCUUUUUGCCGCUCGAGAGUUGCCGUUUGAUGGCGCGAACUACAUGGAGUUUAGCGUCACUCUGCAGCCUGCAGACGCCUCAACAAGAGCGCCCAAAGCCUACAAGAUCAGACUCGCCAAGGUAGCUGAGAUCAAUCCUGAGGUCCUGCACCGCUUCGUGAAGGGUGAUCAAUCACACGACAACAGCGUAUUGACUGCUAUCACUGCGCUGAACGUCGUAAUUCGUAUGGAGCCGUCGUUGAAGUAUCCUUUCAAUGUCCGGUCCUUCUUCACCAAUCGGGAGACUCUAGAUAUCGGAUGCGGUCUCCAGUUAUGGCGCGGCUACUUCCAGUCGGUACGUCCCGCCAUGGACAGGAUGCUGAUCAAUGUGGACAUCUCAACGGGUACGAUGUACAAAGAGGGGAGACUUCUCGAUCUUUGUCUCCAAUUCCUAGAGAAUAAUUCGCCGGAAUCCAUGUCCCCCAAGCGUGGUUUACCUGAUCGCGAGCGACUCCGUCUUCAACGUUUCAUCACUGGCAUGCGCAUCAGAGUAAUUGGUAGGAGCCUAAACCCCAAGGAGAUCUCAAAGACCGAUCUCAGAGGGCCUCAUCGAGUCAUCAAGAAGCUCAGUGCUGUGGGCGCUAGCUCGGUUACAUUCACCACUGCAGAUGGAGUCACCACGACGGUCGCGGAUCAUUUCAGGCGCAGCGGCUCCGAAAUUCACCUCAAUUAUCCCGACAACAUCUGUGUUGAGGUUGGAUCGGGCGCCCUGAUCCCGUUGGAAUUAUGCUACAUCACUGAGGGUCAAAUUAUGAGGAAACAAGUCCCCUCGAAGCUGACCUCAACGGUCCUCUCAUUUGCAACGAAGAAGCCUCGUGAUCGUCUUGCGAGCAUCAGGAAUGGUCUCGAUGUAUUGGCAUAUGGACAAUCGGACUACGUUCGCCACUUUGGGAUGAGCGUCAAUUCUGCCGUCGGGCCUUUGCAGGUUCAGGCGCGCGUCUUGCAGCCACCUACGCUCAAGUACGGCCAGGGUAGUAAACAGGCAAUGAUUGUUCCGCGAGACGGGGCUUGGAAUAUGGUCGAUAAACGCUUCUUCCGUCCAGUUCAAGUUGGUGUUUGGGCUGUCGUCAUCUACGAACAACACAAUCGUUUUGAUGAGAGAGCUUGCGCAGAGAUGAUCCAGAGUCUGACGAAGAGCUGCCGGGAAGUUGGCAUGGGAAUUAAGCCUCCCGCAGUCACUAUAUGGCAAAAUGGUCAAGGAACUGUCCAGAGCCAGCUGCAAAGCGCAGGCAUGAAAUGCAAACAAGCAGUCAACUCGUUCCCGUCGCUCAUUGUUGUUGUCUUGCCAGAGCACGGAGAUGAUAUCUACACCGCUGUCAAACAUUUCGGUGAUGUCACGGCCGGCGUGGCGACACAAUGCAUGAAGAGCAAGAAGUGUUUCGGAGCCAAAAACCAGUACUUUGCAAACGUCUGCUUGAAGAUGAACGUGAAGCUCGGCGGUAUCAAUGUCAUUCCUGAGCCCACCUCGGUCAAACUUUUGACUGAUCCGGCAAAUCCCACCAUCGUCAUGGGAGCGGAUGUCAUUCAUCCAGCCCCAGGCUCCGAUAGUCGUCCCUCAUUCACAGCUUUGGUCGCUAAUGUGGACUCUGACACUGCGAAAUAUAUUGCAACCACUCGUGUUCAAAACUGCCGUCAGGAAAUGAUUGAGGACCUUCAAGAAAUGAGCAAGCAUGUUCUGUCCAACUAUAUGAACUAUCGAUCCCAAGUUGAGAAAAAGGCUCAAGGAAUGGCGGAGCCCAAGCGUAUCUUGUUCUAUCGCGACGGUGUCUCCGAAGGACAGUUCCAAGAGGUCCUUGAUAAAGAACUCGGUGCUCUGAAAAGGGCAUGUGAGGAGCUCCGGAUUCGACCCAAAAUCACUAUCAUUGUUGUUGGCAAGCGCCACCACGUUCGGUUCUUCCCAACCAACGACAAGGAGGCAGACCGUAGCGGCAACUGCCCAGCAGGCACAGUUGUCGACCGUGAUAUCUCACAUCCGACGGAAUUUGAUUUCUAUCUUCAAAGUCACGGCGGACUGUUGGGAACUAGCCGACCUGCUCAUUACUCGGUUUUUCCUGAUGCCGUUCAAUCCCUGUCCUUUGCCUUGUGCCACGUCUAUGCUCGCUCGACGCGCAGUGUGUCCAUUCCUGCGCCUGUAUACUACGCCGACAUAGUAUGCUCCCGUGCGAAGAACCACUAUGAUCCUUCGGGUAGUGUCGACUACUCUGAGUCUGGCGACGGCUCCAAGGCCGACGAAUCUCUGGAAGCAUUCAAGUGUGGCUUCAAACCCCUUCAUGCCUCCCAAUCCAAACUGAUGUACUUCUCUUAAUCUGUAUCCUGUAGUGUUUCUCGUUUCUCGUAUCACAAAAGCUCUCAGUCGCUGUCAUCUGCUAUAGCCAUCAAUCCUUGCGCUGUGUCAUUGUAGCAUCCACAUCACAAUAUCAUUCACCGUAGCUACAUCCUUUCACUGCUGGACAAAAUCGAAUCAAAAUGCUUUGCAUAUUUAUAUCUUUAGUAUCCAAAUACAAUAUGGUUUUCAAGUGUUCUUACUGCCAAUUGCAUAAUUUCCCA